AUGAUCAACAUACGAUCUCUCCAAUCUAUCUUAUUUUUCGUUUCAGCUUGUCUGGCGACAGAUGUCCACGUUGCCUGGCGUCUCGAGCAUGAAACGAAGGCCUCAGCAUUGGUAGCGGUAGACACCAAUGGCACUGUCAUAGCGGAGACAUGUGGCAGCAUCAUUCACGCCAGGGACCCGAUCGACUUCUCAUAUCUUGAUGAAAACGAUGGAAGUGGUAAAUUCUUCAUUGGCAAUGCCACCUACAUGGUUCACAGUAACCCUCUGUGGUCUGGUGGACCUGCAUGCUCCCGCACCUUCGACCAAGAUCACACUCUUGUGCAGUGCUCAGGAAUCAGCUGGGAUGCUUCUGAUGCCAUUGUUGACGAGCCAAGAGACUGCUUUGCUAAGGCUCCUACGGAUGGCGAACUGAUGGACCUUCAGAGCAGAGAAUUGGACGAGACGGGUCAGAUGCAGAAGCGAGGCUGGUGGCAGAAGUUCAAAGAGCAUGCGCGGCAAGGCGCGGCAAGGUCUAGGCUAGAGCUUGUUGGCGAUGGAAACCAUAGACUGCGGCCCAAGCUCGGGCUGUAG